AUGGCUCCCCGAGCGAAGAAACGACGUUUGGUUGAUCCCACAGAGGCUAAUAGCGAUGAGAUCUGUCAGCCAGCUACUCAUCUCCAAAAGGAUACUUGGAAUGGAUUCUGUGAGAUUGAAUCAGAGCCGGCUCUAUUCAAUGUGAUGCUCCGCGAAUUUGGAGUCAAAGGGGUCAAGGUUCAAGAGGUUGUUUCGCUGGAUGAAGAAAUGAUGGCAUUCCUCAAUCACCCAAUUUACGGAUUGAUCUUUCUAUUCCGCUGGCGGGACGAUGAUUCAGAAAACCAGGAAGCUAUCUGCCCAGAUGGGCUUUGGUUUGCCAAUCAGACUGCCAACAACGCUUGCGCCAGUGUGGCCCUGCUGAACAUCGUCAACAAUAUCCCGAACGUUGAUCUGGGAGAAAACCUGCAACACUUCAAGGAUUUCACUAUGGACUUUACUCCUGCCUUACGAGGCGAUGCUAUUAACAACUUUGAAUUCGUGAAAAGAAUUCAUAACUCUUUUGCCCGAAAGAUGGAUAUCUUGAAUUCGGAUCUUCAGCUCCGAUCUGAGUCUAAGUCUAAGAAACGCUCCAAGGGCCAAGAUGAUAACGACAGUGAUGGUAGUUUCCACUUUAUUGCGUUCAUGCCGGCCAUGGGACAGUUAUGGAAAUUUGAUGGGCUCGAACGGCAGCCCCAAGCAUUAGGGAAAUGCUCCGAAGAUGACUGGUUAGAGCUGGCUCGUCCUAAUCUUGUUGACCGAAUGGCAGCCUACGAAGAAGGCCAGAUCGAGUUCUCUAUUUUAGGGGUAGUCCGAGACCCCCUUCCUGAUCUGAUUCAGCAACUAGCAGUCAACGUACGUGGCCUGGAAAUGUCGCAUGCCCAGAUAAACGGCAGGGAUCCGAAUUCUACCGAGAGCACGUCGGAGCCCCGAGGCCUUGUACUUGGUCCUGACCCCGCAUAUGGAUUGACUCGUGCAGCUAUUGACUCGGCCAUUGUGUCCGAGACCAUCCCCACACACUCUUCAGAGCUUCAACAGUGGGAGCAAGAGCUCCAUAAAGCUCAACGGGAACUCUGUCUUCGUAUCCGAGAGGAGCAACAGUCUCAACGAAUGGACGAAGAUCACGCUACCGGACGCCGGUAUGACUAUGGACCAGCAGUUCGUACGUGGCUGCGCUUUCUUGCCCGCAAACAGUUGUUAAGUGAACUGUUGCAAGGCAAAUGA